GCGCGCCUCCGACUCUAACCAGCGUGAGAUUCCCCCUCUCUCCUCAUAACCGACACGAGUGUUCAUCCAUCGCCGGUCUCUCCUCCUUCAUUACCUCCUCUCGGCCAUACCAGCAUGCCUUCCAACCAGGAUUUACAAGGCGGGAAAGCCUUCGGGUUGCUCAAAGCACAACAGAGGGAGAAGCUGGACGAAAUCAAUAAGGAGUUUAUGGAAGAUCAGAAGUACCGGGAUGAGGAGGAUUUACCAGAGAAGUUGGAUUCUUUUAAAAAUAAAUAUGCAGAGUUUGACCUGAACGAUCAGGGGGAUAUCGACAUGAUGGGCAUGAAACGAAUGAUGGAGAAGUUGGGUGUGCCCAAGACUCACCUGGAGAUGAAGAAAAUGAUCUCGGAGGUGACAGGGGGCGUCAGCGACACCAUCAACUACAGGGACUUUGUGAAAAUGAUGCUUGGCAAGCGAUCAGCUGUUCUCAAACUGGUUAUGAUGUUUGAAGACAAAGCCAACGGAAGCAGCUGUAAACCUGAUGGACCCCCACCCAAACGUGACAUCACCAGCCUACCAUAGAGCAGUGAAGCUACAUUUCGCAAAUCCCGCCCAUUUACCAUUAGGUGCUAGGUUUCUAUAGCCUUACCUAGAAUCUUUUUGCCAAGAUCCAGGGAAAUCUUAGUUCAUAGGUGGGAAAAAAUGAAGGGAAAAAAAGGUGAAAGAUGUCUAUAUAUUUGCUGUGAAGAAGUUGAAGCGCAAAGUAGCUUUUUAUAAGUAAACAAAUGUAUAUAUUUAUAUGAAGCCACAGUUUUUUAUAUAUAUAUAUAUAUAUAUAUAUAGUGUUUACAAGCACAAAUACUGUGGUUGAAGUACUAGUGAAGUGUAGUGUGUAACACUGCGUACAGUGUACUAAGUGUAGUGUGUAUGGGAUGACAAUUUUAGCUUGCAAGAUAGGUUUUAAUUAAGAUUGAGAAUUAAGAUUUUCCGUGUUCCCUUAAAUGUUUUUUUUUUUUUUUUUUUUUUUUUUUCAUUUCAUUUCAAUAUGUUUAUGUUUGCCAUUUCAGUCUAAUCUGCAUUUUGGUAACUCUGCUCACCUUGUCCUAUAGUGUGACAGUAGAUGUGCGUGAGAAUUCAGUUAGUGCUCAGCCAGAAACUUCUUCCCAAGACACGGGGAUUGAGUCUUCAAACUCUGUUUCUUGUCAUCCUGUUUGUUGGUCCAUUGACUGUAAUCUAUAACAUCAUUGUAUUAUAUAAGCAAUACACGCAUAUUGUUCUGACACUUUGAAUCACACUUUUAGGCAAGCUUUUAUACUUGUUCCUGCUUAAACUGGUAAUGAUGUUGUAGGAAGGAGGUGCCACUGAUCACAGCUUUUUAGAUCUUUAGGAGGGUUCGUUUUAGUCACUAUAUCAGAUUAGUUUGAAACCACUCUUUCCAAGUGCCUCACUCAGUUUAAUGUAGCAGAGGUUUUGAGUGAAGAUUGAGUGAAGCAUCUUUGAAAUGGAUUUUGUGUGUGUGUGUGUGUGUGUGUGUGCUUGGAAUUUAUUCUGUCGAGUCGUUUUUGAGACAUUCCAAGAAUGUCGUUGUGUGAUGUAGUCCUUGCUUUGAAAUGUUGUCAUGUUUUUAACCCAAGGAAAAAUGUUGUGGAGUUCUGAUGCAAAUAAUCCAGUAGUGCUUUUGUCCUGUUUUAUUUUCCACUGGCCUCAUCAAGUUUUGUUUGUAAUGUAAGAUGUGCUAUGUAAGACAAAAUGACCUCGAGAGGUUUUUUUUGUUUUGUUUUUUAAUUAAGAGACAAGUCGGCAGUAGCAGUUGUGGCUUUCACUUCCAUUUUAGAUCUGCAAACAAAGCAAGUUUUAUUUGUCUCUCUCACAUCGUUUCUGUAGGUUUUUUUGUCUAUGCCUCUGUUUAAGUUUAUUUCAUUUUCAUUUUCCUCUUAAAAUCAGUGAAGUGUAAAUUGAUGACUGCACUGAAUUGCUAUUUAUUAGAAAUUGAUUUUUAAUGAGAAGUUUUCUGUCAGCAUAUUAAUUAGCAGAGAUUCAUUUUUUUUAUUUUUUUUUGCAAACACCAAAGGAAGUAAAUACCCUACUGUUACACCUGAA